CGCAUAACCAAUUGCUCCGAGACUACUAGCCCUAUAUCAUAAUGGUUCCUCCUGUCAAUCUUCCUCCUCGAUACCCAGGCAAAGGCGGCCUCGAAGUUGCCGCCGUGGGUUUCGGCCUCUUGAGUCUUAGUGUUGCCUGCAGGAAAGUUGGUUCGGAAGACGAGCGCCUGGAAGUCCUAGACCGUGCUUGGGAAAUUGGCGCUGCUGACUAGGACAUCGCGGAUAUGUACGGUGACAGCGACGACCUGAUGGGCAAGUGGUUCGCAUUGCAUCCUAAGCGGCGACAAGACAUUUUUCUGUCCAUAAAGUUUGCGAUUAAAGUCACCGUUAGACCUGGAGGUUCUCCCUUUAUGACGAUUGACUCGUCGCCGGAUUAUGCACGUGAGGUUUAUAAGCGGAGCAUAAAGUUAAGACGAACUGGAUUGAUUUAUAUUACAUCCACCGUCUUAACGGGCGGGCUCCGGUUGACCCCUCAGGACGGUGCCCAGAAGUCCAAGACCUUAACUGCAUCCCCGACUCGCCUCAUUACAGGUAUGGAUCCCCGAGCGAUAGACACCGAACUUCCGGGAGAGGGCCGCGAAUGGGAUUUGCAGUGGAGAACAUCAAAUGCAGGCAGUCCAUGGCCUCCGGCGCUCAGGGCAUAAACAUUCUCGAGCAGCAAAUUAAAGAAGAGGUAUUUAAGGAUGCAAUGUGUAUUAUAGAUAUUCGAAACCCUAAUGUUACCCACUAUUUCGCACUCAAAAAGAAGAAAAGGCUAGG